CCCAUUCCACAUACCCAGCCAAUCCCGGUUUCUAGCUCUCCUACAUCCAACUGUAACCCUUUCCAUGAGUAUAAGCCCACUUCUGCAUCAACAUCAAAAUCAUCAUCACCGAUUCUAUCUUCCCAACCACUCCCUAAGAUCGACGAAGAAGCCCGCAAAAAAGCCCUCUCGCUUAUAGUACAGGCCACUACCAACGCCAAUGGGGGGCCCCAAUUCAGCUGGGACGACCCACUCCUCUCGCUCCCCGCCUUACAAAGCUACCUAGACCUCUUCUUCUGCCGAGUCAACCAAUUAUACCCCCUCUUUCACGGUCCAACGUUUGACCCUAGCAACGUGAAUGCGCUGCUCCUAGUAAGUGUGCUCAUGCUUGGUGCUACGUACGGUGAGAAGGACGCGCACCAGAUGGCGGUGAGGGUCUAUAACGUGCUAAGAGGGGUCUUAGUUAGCGUAGGUUUGGUGGCUCCCGAGGCGUAGAGGAGGAAAUUGGGAACUAAUUUGUACGGGUUUGAGAGGGAACGGAUAUAUGGUCUGAUUGUUUUCAUGCUACGCUCGAGCUGUGGGCUCUGCAAACGGUGCUGUUGCUAGAGGUGUUUGGGAAGUCAAGGGCGGGAAUGAGGGAGCAUGAUAUGGCGAAUUUGUUCCAUGAGUUAUCGAUUAACGUAAAUAACUCUCUCUCUCUUUCAUGUAUCGUCUUGGAAGGCCGGUUUGGCCCGCGAGAAAUACAAAAGCGCUAAUCGCGCACUUCCCUUUUUUAUGUUCGCAAGAAAACAGCUUAUUAGAAGAAGCGAUUUUCAAACCAGCACUCCACUACACAUAUCCUUCGAAAGCAAAGACCUCGACCAAGAAUGGAGCGAAUGGGUCAUCGCGGAAGAGAGGAAGCGAUUGGCGCUAUUAGCGUUCCUAUGGGAUGUGCAGCACGCGGUGCUCUUCUCGCAAUCGCUCUGCGCCUGCCGCUACCGUACAAUUCCCUGACCUGGGAAGCGGAUUCCGCAGAGGCUUGGCACAAGGCUAAGAAGGCGGAGCGCCCGCCUCCGCCCUUCCUAAUGGUGACAAAGCCGUACUUGAAUCCCGGAAAAAAGACGCCUGCGUUGAAUAGUUUUUCCAGGCUGUUGGCGUUGCACGGGCUGAUGAGUAUAAUGUGGGAUAUGAGGAGGAGGAGGGACCAGACGUCUCUGGGUACGUCGCUGGGUUUCCUUGAUUUCAAACUUCCCCCUCCUUUCCCAUAGGUAGGGCGCGUGUGGGCGGUGGAUGCUAUCUUGCUCCAUUGCGGCCCGGGCGGUGCGAUGCGAUGAGGUGCAGAGCGCGCACGCCCAGGGAAACCCUGGGAGAGGUGCAAAGGACGAAUGUGCGGAAAGUAACAUAUUAAUAUCACUAACCGGUAAAUCUCUCACCAGGCUUCCAACCAAACUCCUCCUUAUCAACCACAUGCUGGCAAUCCCGCAUCGCAACCGCCUACGACGCCUGGAAACUCGACCUUGGCUCUCACCAAUCACCACCGACGUCUUCCUCGGGCGUGGUGGAGACUGAGGCAGUGAGGUCGACACUAACCCUCUACCAUGCCGCCCACCUGAUCCUGCGCACGGACAUCCUCUCCUUGGAAAUCUACGCGGGCGCCCGCAGCAUCCUGGGCAAGCUGGUGCUACGGAUGGACUAUGAUUCUUCGUGCGCAGUGAUCAAGUCCUGGUCCGCUACCCCCGUCGCCAGCAAAAGCGCCUACCACGCCGCCGCAAUGAUCCGCAAUUUCCUACAGCCGGAGAGCGCAGACGGCGAUGGAAGGUUUCACUAUCCCUGGUGCCUAUACCUCGCCACGAUCGUCUGCUGGGCGCGGCGCGGCAGUGCCGAGGAGGAGAUUGUCUGGGAUGCAAAGGGCGAAAUGCGAGGCUUUGUUGAGGGUAUACUCGAACGAGAACAGGAUGGGGGGGGAAGGCAAAGGCUCGGGAAAUGCUAG